GGAGGAGGACGACGACCCGGACGCCGCGGUGUUCGACAUCAGGUACAGAUGCAUUUCACUGGUCACAGCCAGCAGGUGAAUCCAGCAAAUCAUUCACAGGUCACAGCAUUUGUCCUUCUGGGGCUCUCUCAGGUAUGGGAGCUGCGGUGCUUCUUCUUCAUUGUCUUCUGUGCUGUAUAUCUUGUGACUGUAACCGGAAAUCUUCUUAUUGUGGCCAUUGUGACCUCUGACCCACGUCUGCACACAACUAUGUAUUUUCUCUUAGGUAAUCUUUCUUUCCUGGACUUUUGCUACUCUUCCAUCACGGCGCCCAGGAUGCUGGUUGACUUGCUCUCGGGCAGCUCCAGCAUUUCCUUUGGUGCCUGCCUGACUCAGCUCUUUUUCUUCCACUUCAUUGGCGGCAUCAAGAUCUUCCUGCUGACCAUCAUGGCGUAUGACCGCUAUGUUGCCAUUUCCCAACCACUGCGCUACACAUUCAUUAUGAAUCAGACAGUCUGUGGGCUCCUCAUGGCAGCCUCCUGGGUGGGAGGUUUCAUCCACUCCAUUGUACAGGUUGCAUUGACUAUCCAGCUGCCAUUCUGUGGACCUGACAAGCUGGACAACUUUUAUUGUGAUGUGCCUCAGUUGAUCAAAUUGGCCUGCACGGAUACUUUCAUCUUAGAGCUUCUAAUGGUGUCUAACAAUGGCUUGGUGACCCUGAUGUGUUUCCUGGUGUUGCUGGGAUCCUACACAGCACUGCUGGUCAUGCUCCGAAGCCACUCACGGGAGGAUCGUAGCAAGGCACUGUCAACCUGCACUUCUCACAUUGCCGUGGUCACCUUAAUCUUUGUGCCCUGCAUAUACAUCUAUGCAAGGCCUUUUCGGACAUUCUCCAUGGACAAAGCAGUCUCUGUGCUGUAUACAAUGGUUACCCCCAUGCUGAAUCCCGCCAUCUACACCCUGAGAAACAAGGAAGUGAUCAUGGCCAUGAAGAAGCUGUGGAGGAGGCAGAAGGACUUUCUCGGUCCCCCAGAGCGUUGA